AUGAGAGACAUUGAUAGAUUUUCAACAAGAUAUUCUGGGGUAAGGGUGAAGAAAGAGAAAAUGGAAGAAUUAGUUCAUUUGGUCGUUUGUCCUAUUAGUGCUUGGGGACAUCUUAGACCUCUUUUCACACUUCUCUCUCAUCUCUCACAUGUUCAUCCUCAAAUUCGUAUAACUGUACUCUCUGUCCCAUCUGUUAUCCCCCGGAUCAAACAUGAUCUUCAAAAAGAAAGAUGGGAUUAUACUUCCGUUCCCCCUCUCUUAGCUCAAGAAUUGAUACAGCGGAGAGAGAGUUUCUUGAACAAGUUGAGAUUUAUAGGGUUAGAGAAAGACAGAGGGGUGAUGAAUCAGAUGUGGGAUCCUAAGACGAUGGAUAGACAGGCGGAAGAAUUUGGAGAGUUGUUAGAAGAUGUUUUGGUGGAGUUACUUGACCAAGAAACAGGAGGAAAGCCACAUUUGAACGAUUCCGGAGAUGUGAUUGUGAAUCAAGAGAGAAGAGGUUUGUUUAUUCUUAUUGCAGUCAGGACAACCAAAAGGAUUGAUCAUUCAGGAUAUGAGAUAGAAAGAGAAGAGCAAUGGCCUAAACCAAAAUUGUUCAUCUACGAUGGUUUUCAAGUUGGUUUUAUACCAGCUCUUGAAGCCGCUACGAAAAGAUUGAGAAUACCAAAUAGACCAAAAACCAUGUUAUUCUUCCCUUGUCUCGUAUCGUGGGCAGCGAACUGCUGGGCCACAGUUGAAGAGGGAUCAGAUCUCGCCCGAGCCGUAGAGAAAACCGACCGGAUAAAAAUUGCUACGGGUCUAGACGAGGCGGAAGCAAUGGGAAUCGCAUUCUCAACCUUCACUAAUGAUAUCAUCAAGACACCAGGGCUGGACCCGAUAUAUGAUCAUGAGUAUUAUCAGUGUUACAGGAGUUUAUCAUCAGGAGUCUAUGAGGUGGAUAGGGCUCAAAACAGAAUGCUAAGUAGUCUAGACCCUCAAUUUCACUCGAUUCACUCGUUACCCUCACUCAUGGCUGUCCGACGAUCUUUAUGGCAUCAACGUGAAUACUGUGACGGUUUUAUCUUUUCUUGGGAUCCUGAGUUGGAGCCUGAAGCUCGGGAAGCUUUUCAACGUUCCACAGGGAAGUCAUGUUGGCCCAUGGGCUUACAACUUGCUCCUGAGAUCUGGGAAGGUGUACUCCCUCGUGUAGAUGAACAGGGAGAAAAGAUAGUCCGGUGGUUAGAUCAUGUCAAAGAUGUACGAGGAUCAGGUUCUGUUCUCUAUAUCUGCUUCGGCUCCCUUUUCUGGCCAAUGCGUCGACCAGAUCUGAUCGAAACUCUCCUAAAAGGGUUGGUAUCGAAUGACCAACCCUUCAUUCUCUUCGCUUCGGCACCAAACUCCCUUGUCACGGAAGAGAUGCGUGAUGUUGUAAAUCAUUACGAAUGGGGAUAUAUGAAAGAAGGUUUUGGUCCUCAGGAUUUGGUGUUAAAACAUGAUGCCGUGGGGUUCUUUCUGUCUCAUAUGGGUACCAACUCGGUUGCUGAAAGUAUCUUGGCUGGGAAACCGUUUUUGUGUAUGCCAUAUCUGGGUGAUCAACCGGACAUGACUCAGAGGAACAGUCAGAAGACCUUUGACGGACAGUCGAUACUCAAUACUCCUGAAGCCGUCUUGACGGAACUGGCCCAGGUCCUUGGACGUAUUCGUGGAGAAGAAGGAUUGAGGAUGCGAGAGAAUGUGAUCAAGUUGAGGGAACGGAUCAUCAAGAGUUGGAGAGAAGGUGGGGCGAGGAAUAUGAUAGAAUCUUUCUGUGAUAAUUGGGCUUGA